AUGGGACGUAAAGCAAAGUAUGGAGAUCCGAAGGCGAUUAAAGGUCCUGGAAGAAAAGCCAGGAAACAGGGAGAUCCGGUGUUACCGCGUUCUUUACAAGACGGUCCUGCAUUCAAAAAGCAGAAAGUUGUUGCGAAAACUGAGUCUGAAGAUGAAUCUGAUCCUGAAUAUGCUUCCGAAGAAGAGCCAAUGGACGACAGCAAAUUUAAAACGGGAAUAAAACUCGACGAAGCCGAAACAGACGAAAUGGUCCGCCAAUGUGUCUUUGAAUUCCCCACCGAAGAAGAAUUACAACAACCACUCCUUUUAAAAGACAUCCAGACCCGAAUCCGGGACUUGAUAAUGGUCCUCAACGACUUCAAGCGCCUAAGAGACCCCAACCGGGGCCGUAGCGAGUACGUGGAGCUUCUCAAGUCAGACCUGUGCUCCUACUACAGUUACAACGAGUUCCUGAUGGAGCUCUUAAUGCAAAUCUUCCCUCUGGGUGAGCUGGUGGACUACCUGGAGGCCAGUGAAGUCCAGAGGCCCUUAACAAUCCGGACCAACACUUUAAAAACCCGCAGACGUGACUUAGCCCAAGCUUUAAUAAACCGGGGAGUAAAUCUUGACCCAGUGGGAAAGUGGACCAAGGUAGGUCUAGUUAUUUACUCAUCGCAGGUACCAAUGGGAGCGACUCCGGAGUACCUAGCAGGUCACUACGUGCUCCAAGGAGCCUCCAGUAUGUUGCCAGUGAUGGCAUUGGAUCCUCAAGAAAACGAGCGGGUUCUUGACAUGUCCUCAGCUCCAGGUGGCAAGGCUUCUCAUAUUGCCGCUCAGAUGAAGAACACUGGAGUUCUUUUCGCCAAUGACGUCAACGCAGACCGGCUCAAAGCUGUCGUGGGUAAUUUUCAUCGUCUUGGAGUUGUUAAUUCUGUGAUUACUAAUUACGACGGCAGGAAAAUCCCAGGGAUUAUUAAAGGCUUUGAUAGAGUUCUUUUAGACGCGCCUUGCACUGGAACUGGAGUUGUUGCUAAAGACCCCAGUGUUAAGACUAACAAGGACAAAACGGAUGUGCAAAGGUGCUUUACUUUGCAGAGAGAAUUACUCCUUGCUGCUAUUGACUGCGUUAAUGCCAAGUCUAAAGCUGCUGUUAUUGUUUACUCCACUUGCUCGAUUCUUCCGGAGGAAAAUGAGUGCAUUAUUAAUUAUGCGCUGAAGAAGAGGAAUGUUAAGUUAGUCCCGACGGGGCUGGACUUUGGAGAAGAGGGCUAUAUUAAUUAUAGAGAACAUCGGUUUCAUCCGAGUAUGAAACUUACGAGGAGGUAUUAUCCUCAUACCCAUAAUGUUGAUGGGUUUUUUGUUGCUAAACUGAUAAAGUUUAGUAAUACUAUUCCUUUGAAUAGCAAAAUUGAUGAUGAAAAAGUGUAG